CUCACACCGAUGAUACUGAUAAGCUUAUACUGAGCUGACAAGCAAAUCAAGGCCAUUACGCCUACAGGAACGCAUAAUUUCAGCUUAGUCGAAGAUUUGGCCGGAGUUGGGCUUCAGCACCGGUGUUUUCUGAACCAGUUGUUAUGGGUGCGGAGAUGGAAUCGGCGACUGUUGACGAGUUGAUGACGGAGGACAAUCGGCCGGGAUCUCGAGGACCGAGGCUUGUCAUUAAAGAGAUGGUGAUGAGAAAUUUCAAAUCCUAUGCGGGCGAACAGCGCGUUGGCCCAUUUCACAAGAGUUUCACUGCCGUGGUCGGUCCUAAUGGAAGUGGGAAGAGCAACGUGAUUGAUGCUAUGUUGUUUGUGUUUGGAAAGCGAGCCAAACAAAUGCGGCUUAAUAAAGUGUCAGAGCUCAUUCACAAUUCAACCAAUCACCAGAAUCUGGAAAGUGCUGGUGUAUCUGUUCACUUUCAGGAGAUCAUUGACUUAGAUGAUGGAACGUUUGAAGCAGUCCCUGGAAGUAAUUUUGUAAUUACUCGUGUUGCCUUUAGAGACAAUUCCUCAAAAUAUUAUAUUAAUGAUAGAACAAGUAAUUUUACUGAGGUCACAAAGAAAUUGAAAGGGAAAGGAGUUGACUUGGAUAACAACCGCUUUUUGAUUCUUCAGGGUGAGGUUGAGCAGAUAUCGUUGAUGAAACCAAAAGCACAAGGACCUCAUGAUGAAGGCUUUCUUGAGUAUCUGGAGGAUAUUAUUGGAACUAACAAAUAUGUUGAGAAGAUUGAUGAAUCAUUUAAGCAGCUAGAAUCCCUCAAUGAAAAGAGGACUGGGGUUGUUCAAAUGGUGAAGCUGGCAGAGAAAGAACGGGAUAGCCUGGAGGGUGUAAAGAAUGAAGCUGAAGCCUACAUGCUUAAAGAAUUAUCCCUGCUGAAAUGGCAAGAGAAAGCAACAAAGUUAGCUUUUGAAGAUAAUUCAGCAAAAAUAGUUGAGAUACAGGGUAACAUUUCCACCACGGAAGAGAAUCUGAAAAAUGAAAGGGAGAAGAUUCGAGAAAACAGCAAAACGUUGAAGGAACUUGAGGCACUUCAUAUAAAGUAUAUGAAAAAGCAUGAGGAGCUUGGUAAUACCCUGGGACGUUGCAAAGAUGAGUUCAAGGAAUUUGAAAGGCAAGAUGUGAAGUAUCGUGAAGAUUUGAAGCAUUUGAAAGAGAAGAUGAAGAAGCUUAAUGCUAAACUAGAUAAGGAUUCAGCAAAAAUUGAGGAUACCACAAAGAAGUGUGAGGAGUCAACUAAUUUGAUUCCACAACUGGAGGAAGAUAUUCCUAUGCUGCAAAAGGUUUUACUGGAUGAGGAAAAGAUCUUAGAGGAAAUAAAGGAGAAGUCUAAAGUUGAGACGGAGGUUCUCCGAGGUGAGCUUGCUGAAGUUCGAGCUGAAUUAGAACCAUGGGAAAAGCAACUGAUUGAGCACAGGGGAAAAUUUGAAGUUGCAUCAACUGAAAUGAAACUUCUAUCUGAGAAGCAUGAGGCUGGCCGUGCUGCUUAUGAGGAUGCUCAGAAGCAGAUAGAUGAAAUAGAAAAGAAAAUUGAGACUAAAGGUGCAGGCAUAAAGAACUUAAUCAAUGAGCUCGAGAGGAAUAAGAUUGAAAAAUCAGAAGCGCAAAAAUUGGAAAAUGAAUACCUCCUAGAAGAACAAAGAUUAACUCCUCUUGAAAAAGCUGCUAGACAAAAGCUCACUGAGCUUGUAUCUGUUAUGGAAUCUGAGAAGAGUCAAGGAUCUGUGUUGAAAGCAUUACUGCAUGCCAAAGAAGCAAAUCUCAUUCCAGGAAUAUAUGGUCGCAUGGGUGAUUUAGGUGCUAUUGAUGCAAAGUACGAUAUUGCAAUAUCAACAGCAUGUGCUGGACUUGACUAUAUUGUAGUGGAGACAACUGCAGCAGCACAAGCAUGUGUGGAGCUACUUCGCAACAAAAAUCUUGGUGUUGCAACUUUUAUGAUUUUGGAGAAGCAGGUUGAUCAUUUACAUAGAAUAAAGGAGAAAGUAACUACGCCUGAAGGAGUCCCACGGCUUUUUGAUUUAGUUAAGGUUCAAGAUGAGAGAUUGAAGCUUGCUUUUUUUGCAGCAUUAGGGAACACAGUUGUUGCUAAUGAUAUUGAUCAGGCAACACGAAUUGCAUAUGGAGGAAACAAAGAAUUUAGGCGAGUUGUAACACUCGAUGGUGCUCUUUUUGAAAAAUCUGGGACUAUGAGUGGUGGUGGAAAUAAGCCACGUGGUGGUAAGAUGGGAUCUUCAAUCCGACCUGCCAGUGUUUCUGGAGAAGCUAUUGCAAGUGCUGAAGAUGAGCUUUCAAAGUUAAGUGAAAGCUUGAGGAAUCUAAGGCAAAAAAUUUCUGAAGCAGCAAUGCGUUACCGGUCAUUGGAUGAAGCAAUAUCUCACCUGGAAAUGGAAUUAGCCAAAAGCCAGAAGGAGAUUGACAGCUUGAAAUCACUACAAAGCGAUUUAAAAAAUCAAAUGGAUUCCUUAAAGAGAGCUUCAAAGCCAACCAAGGAUGAAGUUGACCGACUGAAGGAGCUUGGCAAAAUUACAACUGCAGAAGAAAAAGAAAUAGACAAGCUGACUCAAGGGUCAAAGCAAUUGAAAGACAAGGCUUCAGAGCUUCAGAAUAAAAUAGAGAAUGCUGGUGGUGUACGGCUGAAAAAUCAAAAGGAGAAGGUUAACAAAAUUCAGUUGGAUAUUGACCAAAAAAGGACAGAGAUCAAUCGCUGCAGAGUUCAAAUUGAAACAGGUCAGAAAAUGAUUAAAAAACUGGUAAAGGUGAUAGAGGAAUCUAAGAAAGAGAAGGAAAGACUGGGUGAAGAGAAAGAAAAAUUGCUUUCUAUGUUCAAAGUGAUUGAACAGAAGGCUUUUGCAGCUCAGGAAAACUAUAAGAAAACACAGGAGCUCAUCAAUCAGCACCAAGAUGUUUUGGAUAAAGCAAAAUCAGAUUAUGAAAACCUCAAGAAGGCCAUGGAUGAAUUACGGGCAUCAGAGGUUGAUGCUGACUACAAGCUGCAAGAUAUGAAAAAAGUGUACAAAGAGUUGGAACAUAAAGGGAAAGGUUAUGAAAAAAAGCUCUGUGAUUUGGAUACUGCUCUCUCAAAGCAUAUGGAGCAAAUUCAGUUAGACUUGGUGGACCAUGAAAAAGUUCAGGCAGCCCUUACUGAUGAAACUCUUUCUGGAAGUUGUGAUCUUAAAAGGGGUCUUGAGAUGGUUUCACUUCUCGAAGCCCAAUUGCGAGAGAUGAACCCAAAUCUUGAUUCAAUAUCAGAGUAUCGGAAGAAAGUGUCUCUGUACAAUGGAAGAGUUGAAGAACUUAAUUCUGUAACCAAAGAUCGUGAUGAUAUAAAAAAACAAUAUGAUGAAUGGAGAAAAAGAAGGUUGGAUGAAUUUAUGGCUGGCUUUAAUACGAUAUCUUUGAAGCUUAAAGAAAUGUAUCAGAUGAUCACCCUUGGAGGAGAUGCAGAACUUGAGUUAGUGGAUUCUCUGGAUCCUUUCUCGGAAGGUGUUGUUUUCAGCGUUAGACCUCCCAAAAAAAGCUGGAAAAAUAUUGCAAAUUUAUCUGGCGGUGAAAAGACACUCAGCUCAUUAGCCCUGGUUUUUGCCCUCCACCACUUCAAACCCACUCCCCUUUACGUGAUGGACGAGAUUGAUGCUGCUUUGGAUUUCAAAAAUGUGUCUAUUGUGGGACACUACGUAAAGGAUCGUACCAAAGAUGCCCAGUUCAUAAUUAUUAGCCUUAGAAACAACAUGUUUGAAUUGGCUGAUCGUCUUGUUGGAAUAUACAAGACGGAUAAUUGCACCAAGAGUAUUACUAUAAACCCUGGAAGCUUUGUCGUUAGUCAGAAAGCUGCAUGAUGCCUUGGCAGAUAGUUAGUUCGUGAAGCAUGUAAAUUAUAUGUCUGUAUUUUAUUGUUGAAUGUUUGUCCAGCAUGUCUUGUAUAACUAUUGUAUAAAUUUGGUAGCAUUUAAUGUCGACUUUUUUAAUUACCCAGAAAGUGUCUAGAGCACACAAUUCGUCUUAUGUAUGUGUUAUAAGUAAAUUUUACUGUGAACCGCGGUCCACAAUGCAUAGUAGUCCAUGCAUCAAAAUGAUGUUUUGUUUAAUGAAAAGAAACGGUUCCGUUUCGCGCGGUUAA